AUGACUGCACCGAGUUCGGAUCCUCCGGCUCCGUCGGCAUCUGCUUCCACUGCUCCAGCUUUGAUGGAGCACGUGCUGGUUGGUCCCGGGGCGUCCCAGGCGCAUGCGUCAUCUGCGUCAUCCGUCGCGCAGCCAGCUAGUGCUAGGCGGCGGCACCGGCCCGCCGACACCACCGACACGACAUCGACCGACGGUACUGGUGCAUCGGGAUCACAGCCAGCGAAGAAGAACACCCGAGGGCCGUGUCGUCAGCUGAAGACGGCGAAGGUCACCCGGACGAACUAUAACUUGGAGGACCUCGAUGAAGAGUCGUUGGCCACAGGUGGCCGAGCUUCAGGGUCAGAUGUCGGUGAUUCUACAGUCCCUUGCACAGGGCGGCUUUCCAAUCCCGCAGUUUCGUGCGUCGACCUCCCAGCCCGUCCACCCCGAGCAUGCCCACCAGACCACUGCCCCAGUGGACGCCCAGACCACUGCCCCGGUGGACGCCCAGACCUCCGAGCCGCAUACUGGCGACGACCGGUUGAUUUUACUUCAUUAUUUGAUUAG